GAAGAGUGGAUGUUUCUGACCAAUGAGCGUUUAGGACGUAGACGCUAAGCUUAUAAAUGACAAGGUGACGGUUUAACGCGUCCUGCCUUUAUUGACUGCAGCUGUGUAGAAGACGAACUAAUUCAGGACCCCUGAAAUCCGUAUCUAACCGAUUCCAGCCAUGUAUCUCUGCACCAAGUUUAUCACUUCUCCUGCUGUGCUGCGUGGGGGUUCCAGAGUCCUGACCCGGCAAGUCACAGUUUCUCUCUUCAACAGACCUGAAGGCAUACUGGAGCAACAGGCCCUGUUGCCAGUCAGCCAAUCUGCAGUCCUGACCCGCUCCUUCCAGACCAGCGCCAUUUCCCAUGAUAUUGACACUGCUGCCAAGUUCAUUGGUGCUGGUGCUGCCACAGUUGGUGUGGCUGGUUCUGGAGCUGGAAUCGGAACAGUGUUUGGCAGCCUUAUCAUUGGCUAUGCCAGGAACCCCUCCCUGAAGCAGCAGCUCUUCUCCUACGCCAUCCUAGGCUUUGCUCUAUCUGAGGCAAUGGGCCUCUUCUGUCUGAUGGUGGCAUUCCUAAUUCUGUUUGCCAUGUAAACCUGGAAAUGCACCCAAUACCUCCUUCACGUCAACCCCUUGUUCUCUACUUCUUUGCUUUGUCACUACCUUCCUUCCAAGGGGAAGAGGGCUUUCUCAGAACCAGAACUCUGAACAAGCUCCCGGGCCAUUCCAAUCAACAGAAAAUAUUAAAGGAAAAUAUGUACAACUGAGGUUGAGCCUGAAGUCUAACAUUUUUAUGUUACUACAGUUAUUUGUUUUUGAUAUAAGGCUUCAUUUGGUGGGUGAGGGACACUGUCCUUCAAAAAAUAAAUGUGGUUUAAUCUAA